AUUAUAUUUUCAUAUUACCCCGGAGAUUACCGAGCCAUUUGAGUCACGUGACAUUUGUAAAAAUCCAAAGCGUGCAAAAUGCCGGAGAAGGAUAGCGAACCAGAACAGUUCAGAAAAAUUUUCAUUGGUGGUUUGUCAUACGAAACCAAUGAAGAUGGUUUAAAGAAACAUUUUGAAAAAUGGGGCAGAGUUGUAGAUGUGGUGGUCAUGAAAGACCCGCGAUCUAAAAGGUCACGAGGUUUUGGUUUCAUUACGUAUGAGAAGGCAGAGCAGGUGGAUGAAGCCCAAGAAGCCAGACCACAUAAAAUAGAUGGCAGGGAAGUGGAGACCAAGAGAGCUACACCCAGAGAGGAUUCAGGCAAGCCAGAGGCCCAGGCAGCCUCCAAAAAGAUCUUCAUUGGAGGUUUGAAGGAAGAGGUGGAAGAGAAACAUCUCAGAGAUCAUUUCUCAGAGUUUGGGAAUGUUGAAUCUGUGGACAUCAUUACAGACAAGGACACCAAAAAGAAGCGAGGGUUUGCCUUUGUCAGUUUCAAUGACUAUGACCCCGUGGAUAAGAUAGUGUUGAAGCGUAAUCACACUAUCUGUGGCAAGAGCUGUGAGGUGAAGAAAGCUCUGUCUAAACAAGAACUACAGGCUGCCAAGGAGCGUGCAAUGGAACGCAACAUGGGCGGCGGAGGCGGUGGCAUGGGGCGUCAUGGGGGACGUGGAGAUUUCCGUCAGGGUGGAGGAAGGUUUGACAGAGGAGGUGGCCGCAACUUUGGUGGUGGCGGCGGCGGUGGAAACUUCAACAGUGGUGGCUACGGAGGUGGCGGUGGAGGAUAUGGUGGCGGCGGAGGUGGUUAUGGAGGAGGGUCUGAUAGGGGCAAUUGGCAAGGGGGCAGCGGACGGAACUUUGGGGGCGGAAGUGGCGGAGGAAUGAUGGGAGGAGGCGGAGGAGGAAUGAUGGGUGGAGGAAACAUGGGCGGUGGCUUCGGAGGAGGAGGCUCAGGUGGAGGUGGCAACUACGGCAGUGGAGGUGGUGGCUACGGCGGAGGUGGCGGCGGCUAUGGAGGCGGCGGUGGUGGUUACGGAGGUGGCUCUGGAAGUUAUGGCGGCAACCAAGGAGGUGGCUAUGGCGGGGGCAACCAAGGUGGCUACCAAGGAGGUAGUCAGGGUGGCAACUAUGGCGGCGGGCCAGGGGGCUAUGGUGGCGGUGGCCAGAGCGGAGGAUUUGGUGGAGGCGGUGGUGCCAACAACUAUGGCGGUCCAGGUGGCGGCUACAGCAACCAAGGUGGGGGCUCAGGCAGUUAUGGAGGUGGCAACUUUGGCAGCAGUGGAGGGCAGGGCAAUUUUGGAGGUGGCGGAGGCGGGCCCCAAGGUGGCUGGGGCGGAGAUUACGGCAAUGGCAGAGGUAGUGGCGGCGGUGGCUACGACAACUACAGUCAAGGGGGCGGCGCCAUGAAAUCUCAGAACUACACACAGAGAGGAUCAGGUCCCUAUGGCGGUAUGGCAUAAUAUCUGUUUCUUGUU